AUGCAGCGUCAUCCCCACGACGACCCCUACGAGAGGGAGCCCCUCGAAUCGUCGCGCGCUCAUUACGACAACUCUCCUCCUCGACAUCCCGCCGAUCCGGGUCACGCCUACGACGAGUACGGCCAUGGCGCGUCGCCCUAUUAUAACGCUGCACCGCCGCGACACCAGGACUCGUCUUCGACCUCGCCGUCCAGUCGCUCUCAAGAGCGCCAACCCACUGUCCCCGACCCCUACGCGCCCCAAGCCGCCGCUAUCGCUGGUCGGGGCUACGCUGACGAUAGCGAACCCCCUGCACCGCCUCGACAUGGCGACAAUGCCUACAUGUACAACGGCAGAGCGCCCGCGCCGCCCCGCGGCCCCAACGACGCCAUGUACGAACGCCCCUCGUAUCCAGGGCCCAGCAACAUCACCCCCGGAGCCGACAACUUCAGCGAAACUGCGUCUGGAGGCAUGGCCGGCAUAGCAUACGGGGUCGCCGACCGAAACGCUCGCGAUGGCGGUUUCGACGCCGUGCGCGGCAACGGCCAGAUCCCGCCGCCGCCGUCGCGCGCACAAUACCCCAAUGCCCCGCGCCCGCCAUACUCCCCUCACAACAACGGCGGAUACAUGUACGAUCCCGCGAGCAAUAUCCGUGGCGGCAACGGCAUCGACCGGGACUCACACUCCAGUCUCAAUCCCUUUGGCACCCCCAUCGCGGCGUCUGGCUCUCACUCGCCGGCGAGGAGUCUUCGCAGCUUUGCCCACAGCGAACCGUACGCAGACGAUCCGUACCAGGCCUACGCCAGGAGCGGCAACGCCAACCUGGGCGUCGUCGACCCCAAUGCAAUCGAGGAUGACGGUGACGACGGACUGCACUAUCCGAGACGCAGCCAGCGGAAUUCGAUGCUGAGCGCAUCUAACUCUGAUCGCGGUAGAGCGGCGGGCAUCGGAGCAGCUGCCACGGGCGGAGCCACGACCGCCAUGUUGGCGAGUGCUGGAGGUGGCGGCGGCCACAUCUACGAUGCCGGGACGAGUCGCGAGAAGAAGACGGACAAGCGCCACAGUAAAAGAUGGAGGUGGGCCAUCAUCAUUCUCGUCUUCCUCAUUGUCGCAGGCGCCAUUGUUGGCGGCGUGGUCGGGUCUUUCGUGGCCGGCAACAAGAAGGACGGGAAAGACAACAGCAAAACGGGCGGUGGUGGCUCUGCGUCGGACGACACCAAGAAGAAUGGCGACCUCGACAUCAACAGCUCCGAGAUCAAGGCGCUGAUGAACAACCCCGACUUGCACAAGGUCUUCCCGGGGAUGGACUAUACGCCCUUCAACACGCAGUACCCCGAUUGCAUGCACAACCCUCCGUCGCAGAACAAUGUCACGCGCGACGUGGCGGUCCUGAGCCAGCUGACCAACAAGAUUCGCUUGUAUGGCACCGACUGCAACCAGACGCAAAUGGUGAUUCACGCCGUCAACCAGCUCAAGCUGAAGGACGACGUCAAGAUUUGGCUGGGCGUCUGGCAGGAUGGCAACAAGACGACCAACGCCCGUCAACUCGAGCAGAUGUGGACCAUCCUGGAUGACUAUGGCGACUCGUACUUUGAGGGCAUCAUCGUUGCCAACGAGGUUCUCUUCCGCCAGGAAAUAACAAUUGCGACGCUCGGCCAGAUCAUGGACAACGUGCGAAGCAAUCUGACGUCCAAGAAGCUGAAGCUGCCCGUCGCCACGUCGGACCUGGGCGACGAUUGGACGGCCGAGCUCGGCAAGGACAGCGACUACAUCAUGGCCAACGUGCACCCUUUCUUCUCGGGCGUCACGGCCGAGCAGGCGGCGGGUUGGACGUACAACUUCUGGAAGGAAAAGGACGGUCCCUUCUGGAAGUCGGACACGAAGAAGAACAUCAUCUCGGAGACGGGCUGGCCCAGCGCGGGCGGCAAGAGCUGCGGUGGCGCCACGUCUUGCGACAAGGGAGCCGUCGCCGGCAUCAAGGAGAUGAACCGGUUCAUGGACGACUGGGUAUGCCAGGCGCUCACCAACGGCACAAAUUACUUUUGGUUCGAGGCGUUUGAUGAGCCAUGGAAGAUUCGCUUCAAUGAGAAGGGCAAGGAGUGGGAGGACAAAUGGGGGCUGAUGGACAUCAACCGCAAGCUCAAGGACGGCGUCAAGAUUCCCGAUUGUGGCGGCAAGACGGUGUCAUAG